ACAUUAAUGCAUAUGUCACUGCAGCAGUGUGCAGUGAGAUGUAUGUAAUUUUAGGCUGUUUAUAUUUCUUGUUAUAUGUUGUUUUAAUUGAAUUUCCACUUUCCUAGAUGUUUCAUUUCUGCAUCUUUUUCUUAAUCCUUUUCCACAUAAAGUCCCAUAGGGCAGGUUAUGUGUUAAUGUAUAGGCAUAGAGAAAUCCAAACCAAAGAGCAAACUGUAGGUCUACCCUAUAUUGUUCCGAUUUGAAUAGGUUAAUCAAGUUCAUUGUCUGGUUUUCUGUUAAGACAUGGUCAGAGUACCAGCAACUCUAAUUGGGAAACAAUAAGUAACUUAAGAACAUAGCAAAAGAAUAAUCUAUGUUGGUUCAGUUUGUGCAUGCUUUAUAUAGAGAGAAAAAGCUUUCAGCUAUCAGUUUUAUCAAAGUUUUCAGAGAGAGAGCAACAGAGAUUCAGAGAAAGAGAUAGAACUCCUAAGUUGUACUUUUGACAAGCUUCUCAUCUAGAUUUUACAAGUGAGCUAUAUAGGGUGUAAUCUGCUUAAAGCCUCCAAUUGAAUUCGAAAUGAUGCCUCACAGAACAACAUCAGCGUUAUCCAUCUGGUCGUCUUCGCUAUUAGUCAUAUUUUGCCUACAUGGCUUAGUUACAGUGAAAUGCCAAGGGAAUUAUCAAAUUCGUCUUGUCAAUGGAAGCACGAACAACGAAGGUCGUGUCGAAAUGCGAUCAUCUAACCGUUCAGACUGGAUGUCGUUGUGCGGUGCAUACUGGGACAUCGGUGAUGGGACGGUUGUCUGUCGUAAUCUCGGCUUUCUUAACGCGACGUCGGUGUCGCGUACCGCUCGCUUCGGUUCGAGUACGGGGCGUAUCAUGUCCACCAAUUACCAGUGUAUUGGGAAUGAGACCAGUCUUGAAAAUUGUCCGGUUGGGCAAUUUUCUGAGGGUGAUUGUCAACACACUGCUGAUCCGGGAGUUGUCUGCUACUUGCCCAAUUCAGUAGAUUCUUUGGGCACGACGACGACGACCACCACCGCCCCUACGACCGUUCCAUCAGUAAUGACACCAGUUCGACUGGUUGAAGGGAACAGCCCAUUUCAAGGAAGAGUGGAAGUCUAUCUUAAUAACCAAUGGGGAACGAUAUGUGAUGAUAGUUGGGACACUACAGAUGCUCGGAUUGUCUGUCGUCAACUCGGUUUUAAAGAAGUUUUUGCUGCUACCACCCACGCCGGUUUCGGCCAGGGUACCGGACCAAUUCAUAUGGAUGAUACCCGUUGCUAUGGCAAUGAAACGUCAAUACUCGAUUGUGUGAACCGUGGCAUCGGCGUUCACAACUGUCGGCACUCUGAGGAUGCUGGUGUUAUAUGUGUGCCAGAAAUAGAUUCUUUGGGCACGACGACCGCUCCAUCAGUAAUGACACCAGUUCGACUGGUUGGAGGGAACAGCCCAUUUCAAGGAAGAGUGGAAGUCUAUCUUAAUAACCAAUGGGGAACGAUAUGUGACGAUAGUUGGGACACUACAGAUGCUCGGAUUGUCUGUCGUCAACUCGGUUUUAAAGAAGUUUUUGCUGCUACCACCAACGCCCGUUUCGGCCAGGGUACCGGACCAAUUCACAUGGAUGAUACUCGUUGCUAUGGCAGUGAAACAUCAAUACUCGAUUGUGUGAACCGUGGCAUCGGCGUUCACAACUGUCGGCACUCUGAGGAUGCUGGUGUUAUAUGUGUGCCAGAAACUCGCCUAGCUGGUGGAAGCAAUCAUUCUGAAGGGAGGGUGGAGAUCAAGGUUGGAGAAGAAUGGCGGACGAUAUGCGGAAUGGGCUUCGAUGACAUCGAUGCGAGCAUUAUCUGUUAUCAGAUGGGAUAUAGAGAAAGCCUUAGCAUGUCUUUGGGCAACGAUCGGUACGGCACUGCUACGAGCUCGGCUGUGGUCAAGAAUGUCAAUUGCAACUCCAAUUUUCUACUGAUCUACCAGUGUGCAUCAGAACUUGUACCAGAAGGAGACCCACAAUGUACAAGCGAUAAUGAUGUUGGUGUCGUCUGCUCGUAUGCAGAUUCAUCAAUGGGACUUCGUUUAGUUGGCGGCAACAACAUAUUCGAAGGUCGCGUGGAGGUAAAUGUUAACAACACGUGGGGUACAGUGUGCGAUGAUUACUGGGACAGGGAUGAUGCAACGGUAGUCUGUAGUCAGCUCGGGCACGGCCGGGCGGUCCAGGCGAGGAGGUACGCCAGUUUCGGCAAGGGCUUUGGACCAAUCCACAUGGACGAUGUACAGUGUGUGGGUAACGAGGAAACAAUCUUUGAUUGUGACUACAACAACCAAACCAGCUGCUCUCAUUACGAGGACGCCGGUGUAGUAUGCGCUCCAAAAAUUCGUCUUGUUGGAGGUAUGAAUGCGUACCAGGGCCGAGUAGAGAUGUAUGUCAACAACGAAUGGGGCACGAUCUGCGAUACGGAGUGGGGUGUGGAUGAGGCCCGCGUCGCCUGUCGCCAGCUUAAGUUCGGAUUCGCAGCAACUGCCAAGACCGGUUCAUAUUUCGGAAGAGGCACAGGGACGAUUCUUGCCGAGAACAUACGAUGCAGUGGCUACGAAGGCUCGUUGGUCCAAUGCUCACAGUUCGGGAUCUCACCAAAUACCACGUGUGACCAUUCACGAGAUGCCGGUGUAAUCUGCUCAUUACCUGCAAACAUCACCCUUCGGUUGAGCGAUGGUCAGAACGCAUAUGAAGGUCGAAUCGAAAUCGAGCUCGAUGGCGUCUGGGGGACCGUCUGUGACAAUAACUGGGACAAGAACGACGCCCGGGUCGUGUGCAAACAGCUUGGUCUUGGCCCUGGCAUCGAGGCGACAGGAGGAGCCGCCUUUGGAAAGGGUACAGGACCGAUCUAUGUCGAUAAUCUAGCCUGUCGAGGACAUGAGACCUCAAUCGCAUUCUGUCCCAACAACGGAGUCGAGGUCCACAAUUGUACUCAUGAAAACGACGCAGGAGUCGUGUGUUCAGCACCUAUUAGACUUGUUGAUGGUUCCGGUCCUUACGAAGGCCGUGUCGAGAUACUCCGCAACGUCAUCUGGGGAACGGUAUGUGACGACGGUUGGGACAUUACCGACGCAAACGUAGUUUGUCGUGAACUGGGCUUCGGAAGUGCAAAACGGGCUGUCCCCGCCAGCUACUUUGGUUCUCGUUCAUAUGGCUUUUUUCACAUGGACAAUGUGGCGUGCACCGGAAGUGAACAAAGCCUCAUUGAUUGUCCUCAUGAAACUACUCAUGACUGCUCGCAUCUCGAAGAUGCAGGUGUCAUCUGCACGGGAAAAAGGUGAGAUAGCCGUCAUUGCUUAAACACACAAUCGAUGACCCGAUAGUUUUUAUACUCCUUCGAAAUUUCUCUUGUUUUCAUGGUGAACGUUUUAUGAAAGAUGUCAGUACUGAAAUGUCGUCAUCAUCCUACAAUAAAAAGUUACAAUCGGAUAUCCGAGCUUCUCGGCAAAUCAAGAUUAGAGAAGUUGAUGAAUAACCUCCCAUGUCUAGAGUUAUAUCUCUAUAUGUGGUAUUAUUGUUAUUACUGUUAUUAUAUUAUCAUUAUUAUUAUAUCAGAGUACACUGUAAACAGUUAUCUACAAACUUUUACCAAUUAUUACUAUAUACCAAAUAAUGAUGUCUCAUGCAACCUACCAUCAUAUAAUCUGAUAUGUUUUUUAUCCCCGGGUUCUGUUAAAUCCUCCUAGAACGUACCAAAGUGUGUCGUUUUGAUGGGCGUUAAUGUCGCUCAAGAUUAGCUUCGAAUGACUGUAAUAUAUUCUAUAAAAAUCGUUCAAAUUAACAUCAUUUUGAAACUCGAACUGACAAAUAUUUUGCAUUUUCGUUACACACCAUUGCAUGUGUAGUAUCAUAGAAAUACAGAAAAGAGGAACGGUUUUUUACCUCAAGUUGUGAAUGUCCUUGUAAUAAGAUGUACUGUAGUUCUAUUUGUUCUUUUUUAAAAUAAGAAUUAUGCAUUUCGAUUGCGAAUGUAGGCCUAAACCACAAGAUUGUUACAUUUUAGUCAUUUCAUAUACCUGGACGUUUGUUUAGCCCAUCUUACUUUUUGCUGUCAAGAAUUGCCAUUUUUUAACAACACAUAAUAAGAAGAUUAUUUCUUGAUGAAAAGAAAUUGAUUUGAUAAUAAAAAUUCGAUAACUUGAUAUCAAGAAAUUAAUUCUAGUGAUAAAAAUCAAUGGAUCGAAAUAAUAAAACGGAUUGAAAUAUAUAUGUCGGCCUACGCUGGCCAAAGGUUAGUGAUUAAUCGUAGGCUUUGUUUCACGAUUAAUUGCACAUUAUAUAAUCAAUGCGAUCAAUCUUUAAAAAAAUGUUGUGAUAUGAUUGCUAAGCUUUGUGUUACGAGCACCGGCUGCGACAGGACAGUACCUGAAGACAUGUGGAUCAACUACUCCAAGUUGCGUUUGCCUUGCCAAAGCAAGUCUUUCAAUUAUGGUGAACGAUAGACUUUAAUGUAAUUUCAAAAUGAGAAUGAGAAUUAAACAAAACAGGAACAAUGAUAUGCUGCUCUUUAUUGGUUUUAAAUAAUAGUAGCACUACAUCAAAAUGCUUGGCAUGAAUGGUUCCAAGCACCAUAAAACUAAAAAACGAAGAUGUAGAGUAUAAUAUUUUAUUGCAUUCUAAUUAAUGUAGAUAGCACUUGCAUGCAAUGUACUCUAAAGUAAAGCUGUAAAUUUUUCUUAUUAUUAUGUACAAAGAAUAAAUGAUUGUUUUCUUACCAUCAUGUAUAUUAUGAGUGACUUUCAUAAACUAUUGAUAUAUGAAAGUCUUGUUAUGUGUAUAUGAAUUGCAGUUUGUUAUCGCCACGUUUGCCUUUUUCAUUCACAAUUUUAGUACUUUACUGAUAAAGUUUUGAUAUGAUUUUUUUUCGGGAGAGAUGGUGUAAACUCAUAGAAUAUGCAGUUCGAAUACAAAAAUUAAUAAAAUCUAUUAAAAU